CAAGAUUGCCAAAUACAAUAUUAGUUAAUUAAUUAAAAUUUUGGGUUCUCUUCUUUAAAACUCGUUUAUUUAUUUUUUUACUAUAACAUAACAACCAAAAUGAUUUUCAUAUUUUAAAAAAAUUGAACGGAAGAAGCUCUUUAAGCCCGUGUCAAAUCAAACUUGAAUAUAGAAAAGAAAGAAGAAUAAUAAUAAUAAAAAAAUUCACUAAUAAAAACAAAUUGAGUUCUCAAAAGAGGGGAAUAUAGACAUUUAUAUGCUGAGGUGUUGAAACGUUAUUGGUUGCUGACCAUAUUACUAUAUUAAAAAAUAAUUGAAUACUGCACACCACUUGAGCAUAACCUUUAAGACCCCUCUUGUUCGAAGUCAGAUUCGUUACUUUGUCUUAUGUAUGGGCUCUAAGACAACUUCAUUCAUACAUACAUACAUACAUACAUACAUACAUAUAUGCUUUCAUCAAUUUUCAUUUAAUUUAAUAAAUGAAAGACUUGAAUUUUUUAGCCAUCCAACUUGAGUAAACUUUCAGUGCAUAGAUUGUCAAUUUUCAUUUAAUUUAAUAAAUGAAAGACUUGAAUUUUAGCCAUUCAACUUAACUAAAAUUUAAUUUGAAACUAGUUGAACCUUGAUCUAAUGUGUAUCCUUUUGAUCUAUAUAGUUCAUGUGAUAAGAUGAAGUCAAAUAGAGAUAUAUAUUUUUUUGUGACCUGUGUUACAAAAAAUUGCAUGUUGAGUAUCAUUUAUCAUAAACCACAAAUUUUGUACCACAGUUUUAUCUUCAUCCAUCAAGUACCUCUCUCAUUGAGUUCAUGAUCCCAUAAAAUCCAGAACUUAAAGAUAUUCUGAGUUUAUGUUUAUAUUCCAUCUUUCAUAUAUAUGCACAUGUACCGUCGUUUUGUCUAGAUUCUGAAAAAUGGAAAAUACAUUAAUUAUGGUUAAAGAGACAAAAACAACAAAUGCCGUACCCAAAAGAAAAGACAGAGUGGUCAAAGCUUUUAUCAUGCAAAAUGCAAACUACCAAAUGCCAUAUUCUGAUUUUUAGUUUUUUCCUUCCAUAAAUAUAAUACCUAAAUCUUCACAUUUUCAUUCAAUACCCACAAAAGAAUUAUAUUCAGAUGUGAAAUUCUCAGGUGAGAAGUGUGGAAGAUAGAGGGAGGAAAUAAUUUCCCUGAUUGAUAUUUACUGAAGCAGUACAUGGUAUGAAUGCAAGUUCUAUUAUACUCUGUUUAACUAGGUUGUUCAUGACAGAAAAAUUUCUGUCUGUUUAAAUUUAGGCUCAUUUUUACUAUUUUCUAAGAGUUAUUAUUUUUUUUGUGACCCUUUUCUUCUCCAAUGCCACUGGCAUAAGCUAACACUUUUCUAAAUUGGUCAUUCCUGCUACAGAUUAAUCAUAUGUAUUAAGCGCUGUGGAAGUUUUUGUAAUUCUGAUUUGUGCCUUGCCUUUGUGUUUCUUGUGGUCCGUUUUUAUUUUAAUUUGAAAAUCAUGAUAUUGUGUUAUAUUGAUAAUUCAACUGAAAAUAACUUAAAUCAAUUUCUUCUACUUUUCGCUACAAAAUCUAAUAAAAAGGCUCUCUAGGAAUCAUUAGAAAAUGAAAUGAAGCUCACUUGUUUAUGCAAAAAAGACAAAAUGGGAUUGGAUAUUUCUUUCAUAUGAUUCACAAUAAAUCCUUACAGAAAGAUCACCUAAUAUGUGUGUCUUUGAACAAUCAAGGAUGAUUCCUGCUUAUGUUGCUCUGGAUUUAUUUUUAUAGCAGAUCAAGUACACCAACUGAAGUCGCAUCACUUUUGUUGUUCGAGCACAAUGGCAUUUAGUAAUUCCAGAUCAGUAAGAUUUCAAGAUGAUCUUGAAACUGCAGCACCAUUGAAACAAAGAAGCCGGUUCGAGUUUAUGUAUAGUAUCACUGGGAAACAAACACCCAAGUCUUGCUUAAAUAACGCCGAGAUGGAUGCAAAGGGCACGCGCUUUCGGGAAAGAGAACUUACUAGAGUCUUCUCUGAGGAUUAUGAGUUAGUGCAGAGGAAGAUACUUGAUCCUCGAGGACCUGUCAUAAACCGAUGGAACAAAUGUUUCUUAGUUGCAUGUCUGGUCUCUCUUUUUGUUGAUCCCCUAUUCUUUUACUUGCCGAUUGUUAGGGAGGAUGUAUGCAUGGAAGUAAGUAGGACCCUUGAGAUAGCCCUGACGGUCAUUUGCACUGUAGUCGAUGCAUUUUACUUGAUUCAGAUUUAUAUUCGCUUUCGAACGGCCUAUGUUGCUCCUCCCUCUCGUGUAUUUGGGAGAGGAGAGCUGGUUAUAGACCCUUCAAAGAUUUUUUCAAGGUAUCUUCACAAGGACUUUUGGCUUGACGUAUUGGCUUCUAUACCCUUUCCACAGGUGUUAAUUUGGGCUGUAAUCCCACAUCUACGGGGUUCAGAGAUGAUCGAUUUAAAAAUUGUCUUGCGCUUCGUCAUCAUCUGUCAGUUCCUUCUGAGGCUAUAUCUUAUCUUUCCUCUCUCAUCUCAAAUUAUUAAGGCCACUGGGGUUGUGGCGGGAACAGCAUGGGCUGGUGCAGCUUACAAUCUGAUUCUCUACAUGUUGGCAAGCCAUGUUGUAGGUUCCUGUUGGUACCUUUUGGCAAUUGAGCAGCAAGAACAAUGUUGGAAAGAAGUUUGUAGGCGUCAACAUCCAGAUUGUCAGUAUUGGUAUUUUGAUUGCCGAAGCAUAGAUGAUUCUGGUAGAGCCGCUUGGUUCAAAUCAAGCAAUGUUUCCAACCUAUGUGAUCCAAGUGGUGAAUUCUUUCAGUUUGGCAUAUACGGUGAUGCAAUAACUUUCGGAAUUACAAUGUCGAAGUUCUUGAACAAGUAUUUCUACAGUUUUUGGUGGGGCCUGAGGAACCUGAGCAGUAUAGGGCAGAAUCUACAAACAAGCACCUACAUCACUGAAAUAAAUUUUGCAAUUAUCAUUGCAAUACUCGGAUUGGUGCUUUUUGCCUUGCUUAUUGGGAAUAUGGAAACAUACCUCCAAUCAACCACUAUUCGACUAGAAGAGUGGAGAAUUAGAACGAUUGAUACUGAAAAAUGGAUGCAUCGCAGACAGCUACCACAUGAAUUGAAGAGGAGGGUGCGCAGCUAUGAUCAGUAUAGAUGGGUUGCAACUCGGGGAGUUGAUGAGGAAGCUCUUCUUAAGGACCUUCCCUUGGAUCUUCGACGAGAUAUCAAGCGUCACAUCUGCCUUGAUCUUGUUCGACGUGUUCCUCUCUUUGAUCAGAUGGAUGAGCAAAUGCUUGAUGCAAUAUGUGAAAGACUGAAACCAGUUCUAUGCACUCCAGCCACUUGCUUAGUCCGUGAAGGUGACCCUGUCAAUGAGAUGCUUUUCAUCAUUCGAGGCUACCUAGAUUCUUUCACUACAGGUGGAGGCCGCACAGGGUUUUUCAAUUCAUCUAGUAUUGGCCCAGGUGACUUCUGUGGUGAGGAAUUGCUGACUUGGGCACUAGAUCCCCGUCCAAGUGUUGUCCUUCCCACGUCCACACGCACAGUGAAAGCCAUCUCUGGCGUUGAAGCUUUUGCUCUCUUUGCGGAGGACGUGAAGUUCGUAGCAUCUCAAUUCCGUAAGCUGCAUAGCAAACAACUCAGGCACACAUUUAGGUGUCACUCACACCAGUGGAGGACCUGGGCUGCUUGCUUUGUACAAGCAGCUUGGUUCCGGUACAAAAGACGGAAAGAUGCAGCUAAGCUCAAGGCUAUUGAGAGUACCACGGCUCCUUUGCCUGAACCAGUUAAUGAGAAAAUGGGAACACCCUUAUCCCCACUGGCCUCAGGGUUUGCCAUUUAUGCAGCAAAAUUAGCAGCAAGCACUAGAACAGGUGGGAGCAGGCGGUGUGGAUCUGAAUUGGACCUCCUCAACUCAUUACAGAAGCCAGUUGAACCUGAUUUUUCAGAAGAAGAAUAGGUAAGACAAUGCUUGAUAAAGGGCAUCAUAUGUAUGCAUGCAUCUUUAGUUUGGCAUAAUAAUUCUUGGGGGAAGCAGUGCCUUGGGGAACAAUGAGUAUUAAUUGCUCUGAAGUGUUGUGCUGUAUGCUUGUAUUAGGCUAUUUUGGUGAUGCAGUUUUGUUGGCAUUUUCAGGGUAGUUUAGUAGCUUAAAUUGUAAUGAUAUUUUUUAUUCAUUAUGGGAUAAACAAUUCCGUGACAUGUAAGUAUUACAUGUAAUAUGUGAAGACAUUCUUUCUUUGUAAAAAUAUUUCCUUUCUUGA